GGUAGAAAAAAUAAUAAUAAAAAUAGAACACUGCUUGUGAAAAAAAAUAGGGUAGUAUCUUGAAUAAUAGCCGUCACUUCUGCCUCUGUAUAUUUGUAAUUCAAUACCGUUAUGUAAAGGAAAAAUAAGAAAAAAGGAAAAAAGAAGUCUCAGAAUUCUUGAAACCUAUCAAACAUUAGCAUCUGUGGCAUUUUUCAUCACCUUGAAAGGUUUGCAAAGGUUCAUUUGAUCGAGAAAGGUUUUUUUUCUUUGCAUAUAUAUAUUUUUGUGGAAAGCUCGAGGUUUUAUAGAAAUGGCAGGUGGAGAAGCCCCAGGUGCAAGGGAACUUGACCAGACACCCACAUGGGCAGUUUCUGCAGUUUGUGCUGCUAUUGUUAUGAUCUCUAUCAUUCUGGAGAAGGUUCUUCAUUGGACUGGAGAGUGGUUUCAAGAAAGACACAAGAAAGCUCUGUUUGAAGCUCUUGAGAAAGUUAAAGCAGAACUUAUGGUUUUAGGAUUCAUAUCCUUGCUCCUGACAUUCAGUCAGAGCUACAUUUCCCAAAUCUGUAUUAAAGAAAAAUAUGCAAACACAAUGUUGCCUUGCCCCAAAAAGGGUGAGUAUGAUGAACAUAAUAAAUCUCCCUUUAGCGACCCCACGGGGACGUCCGGUAAAUCUCCCUUUAGCGUCCCCACAGGGACGUCCGAUAAAUCUCCCUUUAGCGAGGAGGAACAUCAUCGCAGGCUUCUAUGGUAUGAUCGCAGAUUUUUAGGUGGUGAUACCAAAGUUAAAGGAUGCAAACCGGGAUAUGUGCCGCUCAUAUCUGUGAAUGGACUGCAUCAGCUGCAUAUUUUCAUAUUCUUUUUGGCAGUUUUUCAUGUGAUCUACAGCGCCAUAACAAUGAUGCUUGGAAGAUUAAAGAUUCGUGGAUGGAAAGAAUGGGAAAUUGAGAGUUUAAAGGCGCAUGAUACCAUGAAUGAUCCAACAAGAUUCAGACUCACUCAUGAGACAUCAUUUGUAAAAAGCCACUCAAAUUUCUGGACGAAAACGCCAGCCCUCUUUUACAUUGUGUGCUUCUUUCGACAAUUCUUUAGAUCCGUUUCAAAAGCCGACUACUUAACCAUGCGACAUGGAUUUGUUUCUGUUCAUUUAGCUCCCGGAAGUAAGUUCAACUUUCAGAAGUACAUUAAAAGAUCAUUAGAAGAUGACUUCAAGGUAGUCGUGGGAAUCAGUCCUUUACUCUGGGCUUCUGUAGUGCUCUUUCUGCUUUUCAAUGUUCAUGGAUGGGAGGCUAUGUUCUGGCUUUCUGUUCUUCCUUUAUUUGUAAUCUUAGCAGUUGGAACAAAGCUUCAAGCAAUAAUAACAGAUAUGGCACUAGAAAUUCUAGAAAGACAUGCUGUUGUCCAAGGAAUACCACUUGUGCAAGUCUCUAACAGGCAUUUUUGGUUUAGUUGGCCUCAGCUAUUCCUUUAUCUCAUCCACUUUGUCCUGUUUCAGAAUGCAUUCGAGCUAACAUAUUUCCUCUGGAUAUGGUAUGAGUUCGGGUUGAAAUCAUGUUUUCACGAGAAUUUAACUGUCAAUUACAUAAGAGUUGCUCUCGGGAUAGGAGCUCAGUUUCUCUGCAGCUACAUUACACUUCCGCUUUAUGCCCUUGUUACUCAGAUGGGAUCGACCAUGAAGCGAUCAAUCUUUGAUGAACAAACUUCCAAGGCCUUGAAACAGUGGCACAAGAAAGCUGCAAAGAAAAAGCAUGACGGGAAGCCUGAACACAUAGCUACCAGGACCUUGGGGGGAAGCCCAGGUGACUCUCCACCACCAGCACGUCUAGGAGAGCAACCAGGGGAUCACAAAAUGCCAGAUGUUGAGGCAGACCAGACAGCAAACAUCAUGGCUACUGUGGAUAUUACUGGGGAUCAACAACACCCUAAUAAGCCAUAUGUUCAACGUGAUCUACUAAGUUGAAGAUGCUUCAUUAUAUCGCAGAGAAAAUGUUUGAUGUUUUAGGGUAGCAAACCAAAGCCCCAUUAGUUGUUCUAGUAUUUUUUUUUUUUUUUGGGUUAAAUUAGCUUCCUCAUCAGAGUUGGAAGGUUAACCCUUGGCUGUAAUAUUAUUGACGGAUCACAUAGUUUUUUUUUCAGUUCAGUGGGCUAUUGACUCGAACUCAAACUUAAGAUUUCGCAGUUUCGGAGAUUA